CCGAGCGAGCACAUGACGAAAGCUAGAAUCGCUACGAUCUGAACAUUUCGAUCAAACCAUUGGCCAUACAUCACACUAGGCUCUCAUCGUUCCGACAACAGAGUCAAUCGACGCAACCAUUUGUACCCCUCAAGUCCAAUUCUUUUCUUUCAGAAAUGGAGCGCAGUGAGCGAAUCAUCCAGACGUUUGAAGGGUUUCGAACAACCUUGGACGAGUCGAACGAGCGAAGAGAACGCCUGAUCAUCUCUUCCCGUCAAAUCACGUCGCUCUCCAAAAAACUCAUCUUUCACCUUCAUCGAAUCUCGCUCUUUCCCAACGAUCCCGAAAGGAGUAAACUGCUCGCGGAAGCUCAGGAGAAGGCCGAGGAGAUCAAGGGCUGUGUCAAGGUCGUUGGCGAUGAUCUGAGGGAUGGGGAUCUGACAUAUUGGGCAUAUGCGAGGAACAUUUCGGGAGGAGUACAAGAAUAUAUCGAGGCGGUCUCAUUCAUGCACUACCUACAAUAUGAAUCUCUGAUCAACCUAGAACAGGUCAGACAGGCUUUACACGCGGAAGAUGGGACCGAGCCCUUUGAGAUUACACAAGAGGACUAUGCGUUAGGGAUCAGCGAUCUAUCUGGAGAACUCAUGCGUUACGCCACAAACUGCUCAAGCACCGGAGACUUCAAGGCCGCGCUUCGAGCCUGUACAUUCGUCAGGGACCUGAAGAGCGGGCUUGACAGUGCACAACCUUAUGUCAGGGAUUUGGGCAAGAAGCAGAGCAUAACGGAACAGAGUCUCUUGAAGAUCGAGAAGAUCUGCUACGCCAUUCAGCUCAGGAUCUUGGAGUACGCAGACCGACCCGAAGUGCUCGCCCAUCUGACGAAACGAGCUAUGGAAGAAUCGCAAGAAGUCGGAGCGGACUCGAUGGAUGUCGAAGGCGGAGGUGGAGGUCCGAACGAUUCAGGCAGAACGAGCGGCGGGGAUAGAGGUGGACGAGGACGAGGUCGGGGCAGAGGUGGUGCUCGGGGUGGAUUCCAGGGUGGAAAUCGAGGAAAGAGGGGAGGUGCGGGCGCAGGUGGAAGUGGUACCGAAGCGGGGGAUGUGGGGGAUGGCCAGGUAGCAUAGGCCUCCACAGUCACUUCUCCGAAUAAUGGCCGCUCCUUCGGGGGCUGUUCAUUGCGCGCGGGUCCUACCGAAUUGCUAGACCCGGAUGG